AUGUCAGGUAGUUUUCUCAAGGCUUCCAAUCUUUUGGUUAAUUUCGAUCUGUCUGGAAUGAAUUACAGCGCAUUUGGAACUCUCAUGCUUACUCCUGACAGACUAAAUUGUUCCAAUUUUGGAUCCAGUAAAGUUGAAAAUGCAUUAAUGCAAAUUCAAUCAAUAGUAACUGAAAGACAUGAAAAACGAAAAUUAGAAUAA